AAGGCAGAGUUAACCUUGAGGUGGACGAGAAUCGAACUCCUGGAGUGAGCAGUGAGUUAGCCUGCAGUGCUGCAUUCUAACCACCAUGGCUCAUAUGUACUUUUUUACAUAUGUUGUACAAAGACACACAAAUUUAAAAGGAAUUAUUUGAAAAUCUCAGUGUAUUGAAAUUAUAGAACAGUUCAUAUAUUUUAAUGUUAUAGAACCUUUCCUUUAGAGCAUUAAUAUAAUAAUAAAUGGCAUUGUACAUUAUUGUAACAUUGUAAUUAUUCUAUUUCUUUUCUGGUUAUUUUUUUUCUAAAACUGCAUAGUAACCAUUCAGUAUAUUUGUCAGAAUAAACUGCUGCCAACUUCUACAUUUCCUCUUUUUACAAAACUGCCUGUAUUAGUAUUUUUAAUCAUAGGAUAUUUUAAAAUGCUAGUGAAUUAAAGUUAAGAAUCCUCACUAUUUAGCAUGACAUGAUAAACAGGACAAAGUCUGGUCUCACAAAUAACAUUAGGUGUUUUGCUUAUUGCUAGGUAUAUAAAAUUAGUUAACCUAUAACAAGGAUACAGGAAAAGCUUUACAGAAGUCUGCCUUGUAGGCAGAAAGCUUGCCAAAUGGGAAGUGAUUCAUCGUCUCUGAAUGGGAUGAGCACUAAACAGAAAUAGUUUAAAUUUGAGAUUUAUUUGGCUCACAUACUACCAGUAAAUGAUUAUAACUGUCUCUCUCUUCUGUGUCUCAUUAUUCUGUUCCCCAGAAUUUAUCAGACCCAAAAUACUGUGCCAGAAAUGGUUUUUCAUCAGCUGUAUGAAGACUUAAAUAUUGACAGGUUUAAAUUAUAUCCAUAUAUACAACAUUUAUGUUCUUCAAUUAGAAGAUUAGUUUUAUGAUAGCAGUGAUGCAUGAAAGGCAAGAAUGUCAUGAUUUACUGGAUCUAAAGCAAGUUAUUAAAUUUUAUUGUUUAUUUACUGCCUUUGUAUCCUCUGGGAACUCCAGGCAACAGACCUGUUUGUCUUCCUCAUUUUAACCUCACAACAACUGUUUGAAGGAGUGCUUUUCAACUUUGACUGGUUAAAGAUGUGUAAACUUUAACUCCCAGAAUGGUAUGCUACGCUGUACUGUCUGGAGAAUUCUGGGAGUUUUAUUUUAUUUACCUGGUUUUUUUUAUCCCUCCUUUAUUAGUUUUACAAAUAGUUUAAGGUGGUGAAUAUAUUCAACAUACCUUCUUCCUCCUGUUUUCCCCACAACAACAGUUCUGUGAAGUGGGUUGGGCUGAGAGAGAGCACUGGCCCAAGGCUUUCAUGGCUAAGGUGGGACUUGAAUUCACUGUCUCAUGGUUUCUAGUCUGGUGCCUUCACCACUUGACCAAACUGUCUCUUAGUUGAAGUCCACACAUCUUCAAGUUGCCACGGUUGAGAAAUACAAGUUUGAAGUAAGCUGGAAUUGAGAAGAAUAACCACAGAGUAUUAGUGAAAAGCAAAAUGCUCCAUCUGUCCUAAGUUUCUCAGUUCUGUAGGAACUGGGCUACCUCUAAAGCUUGCUUCUUCCAAUAGACAGAGAGUGUUGGGCAAACGCAUUCCGGAAAACUAAUGUUUAUUUGUAUCGUUUUGGGGUAUUCUUUAACCAGAAUCUAUCGUAUAUGUUAAAAGCACUGGAUAAAGUUCAGAUCACAUUGUAGGUUGCAAUAUUGUAGGAUUAUGGAUGGUUCCUUCUUCAAAGUAAGUGUUGGGAAUUGUUGAAGAUGUGAUUGCAGUCAUGCAGUGCUGUCUUCACUCUUUCACCCCACACUUACUUGCAGUAUUGAUGUUAUGUAGUUGGGUAAUGAAACAUCUGCAAAACAGCCAAGCUCAAAGAGUACCAACAACUAUGCUUCAUUGUUUGGUCACAUUGUAUUAUCUAAUACUCAGUACUUCUACUUGGAUUAAUUGGAUCUUGUGUUCUUCAGCAUCAGGAUGUACUAACAGAUGUCGUCUAAGAAUAAAUUAUAAAGUAUAAAACUAAUAAAGAAGCACCAAACCCAAUUAAUUUAAUAUAUUUUUGCUUUCAUUUCAGAGUUUGAAAAAUGCCUGGUUGUUGUUUCUAGGGAGCAGAGAUGUAUGGUAUAUCUGAAAGAGCCUGUAGAAAUUAAAAAGUUAAUUUUGCAAGUUCUCAUAACUAUUAUAUGCAGGUUUACCCCUUCUCCUUUAUUAGUGUUUCAUUGUCUUUUGUUUUUUUGACAAUUAAGUAAAUAAUGUAGAAUUUUAACAAAGAUGUGAAUAAUAGAAUGAAUCCAGAAACAUAAUUAACUGUAAGCAAAUUAUUUUAUAUGUGUUUUCAGUUUUAACUCUGACAUAGGAUGGAAAAAUUGGAGGAAUUGUGGAAAACGAAACCUUUUGUUUACUGUAAAACAAUACCAUGAAGUAGAUAUGAUAUUUAAAGCUGGAGUCUAAACAUGAUGGAUAUAGGCAGUCUCCAUUUGGUUAUGUCUAUAAGUCACUCAGAAAUCUUAAGUACAGAUCAGCAACUGGCUUUUUUUUUUAAGUAACAGUCACAAAUAACAGUCUUGUCCUCAUUGUAAAUUAUUCUGCUGAAACAAAUGUGGACAUAAAUGCAUUUUUCUGAACUCUGUAUUAUGUCUGGAUAUUCUUACUAUUCUGUUACUUCAUUUUAGUUUUAGGUCUGGAGGUUGCGUGAGACUUUCAAUGUAAUCUAUGAUGACAUGGAUUGUAUUAGAUCUUCCUCUGACAUUAUUGUACUGUUAUUGUGCUUUUGUUAGUAUUAUUUUUUAUGCUGCAUUGUUGGUUUUAAUCCUGUGUUUUAACCUUAGAAUUGCAAGAAUGGUGAGGUAAAUUGAGUGAGUAAAUAAAUAAAUUGCAGUCAUCUUUAGUUGGUAGAUCUUGGGAUGGAGAAUAUAGUAAAGAUGGAAGAAAAAAAGAAACACAGGGAAGUGAACUGUCAGAAGAAGAAUGGUGAACUUUGGAUGACUGCACAACAGACUUAUCUGCCAUCUGCCCCACUAACUUCUUGGCUAGUCACUGAGGGAGCAAACAAGGAGGAUCUUACCUAAUCUGGGUGGCACUAUUUUGUGACCUCUAGCAGAUCAUCACAGAGAGCAGACAGCCUAUCAAUGAGUACAGUUAUGUGAAAAUAUUAGAGGAGCAGGAGAGGACUGGGAACCUAAAGACUGUUGGAGCUACCGGUAUCAGCUGGACAGUGCUUUUAUUGGUGGUUAGCAGUGACCACAGGUAGAAAUUCCCCAGAAGAUGGCUUCCACUAAUAGCCAAGAGAACAGGCAUUAGAUUGGACUAUUCUCCCUCAUAAUACUGUUGUGCAGGAUCUGAGGUGUUGCUUGAUAAAGAAACACAGGAAACCAGAAAUUGCCUUUAAGCUUUACGUUUUUAUUCAGCUGAACAAAGAUGGGCUCCUCUAAAAGGAAGAAGCCCCGAAUGACAGAAAAUCCCUAUUUUUAUACUUUUUCAUUACAUAAGCAAUCCACCCAGCAAAGCUGACACACAUAAAAUAAAGACUUCACCCAGAAAGAAUGCCACACUGUAGAUAAGAAGGGAGAAAGCAGAAGUAGCUAAAACUCCCAAAAUGUUUACUUAUAAUCUCAAGCAGUAAUACGUUUUCUUAUUAAUGAACAAAGCAUAAAUGGAAAGUUCUUUUUUAAUUAGUGGUGGCUUACUGUUGACAAUCCUUAAUUUUGGUUUACAUUGCCAAUUAAGUGUGCUUCCAGGUGAGUUUCUUAUUGUGUAAUUAUUCUUAUUUUCAGAACCAGAGUCUCCAUUUAUAACUAUAUAGUUUUUUUCUACUGCUGUCAGGUUUCCUUCCAGAAGAAAACUUACUACGAAGGAAAAAAUACAUAGAUCUAAUGGUGCUGAUGUACUCUAUCUGGAAGAACUCACAAAUCAACCCGUUUGGAUAUCUCUCUGUGUAUAUGUAUGUGUAUGUUAAUUUGUGCCUUCAAGUCAAUCUUGCCUCCUAGUGACUCCAUGGACAAGUGUAAUUGCAAGUCAUUAUGUUAUCGUAGACGAGAUUAAACAAUAUGUUUAACUGACAUAUAGAAUUAGUGUUAAUUGUGACUGCUUUUUGCCCUAAGUAUCUACUAUAGUGUUCAUAAGAAAAUUUAAUUCUUCAAGUAGUAUUGUCUGCUUAGUUAAGCCCAGGUUGCAUUGAAAUAGAGCUUUUAUGGGCUUUAUGCAUGUAAUUGUAUGAAGGUUCUAGAUGACAAAAAUUUUCAUUUGUAAUGUUUUUGUUUCUCCAUACAUUGCAUUAUACUUCAUUAAAGAAAAUAUCAAAACUGCACAAUGACUUUGAUGGUUAGCAUUAAAAAAGGAUAACAAAUGUGGGCUGUGUAAGCAGUUUCAUAUUGAAUUAUUCUGUUGGAUUUAGAUGACUGGUCUGUUGCAACAGAUACAGGUAGUCCUCGAAUUAUGACUAUAAUUGAGCCUGGCAAUUAUGUUUAUUUAUCGACAUAAAGCAGGUCACCACCUGAUUUUACACUUUUUUUUGCAGCAGCAUUAAGUAAACCCAUUGAUCACUAUGAGGUGUCUUAUGCCCUAAACAGGAAGUAAGUACCAGUUUCCAGCAAAACGGUUGUGAUCGUGAUCAUGCAUCCAUGAAAUCCUACAAACAGCCAUAAAUGUGGAUUGCUUGCAAAGUGCCCAAAAUAUGGUCAUGUGACAGUGGGGAAAACCCAACAUCAGAACUGGGUUUUCUCUGUGCAAAAAAUUUGGUGAAAAAGGAUUUUUUCCGACUUCCUGAUCCAUUUGCUAAAGUGGUGGUGGACGGAUCUGGCCAGUGCCAUUCUACUGAUACUGUGAAGAAUACCCUUGAUCCAAAGUGGAAUCAGCAUUAUGACCUAUACAUUGGAAAGUCUGACUCUAUAACAAUCAGUGUAUGGAACCACAAGAAAAUCCAUAAAAAACAGGGAGCUGGUUUUCUGGGUUGUGUGAGACUUCUUUCUAACGCUAUCAACCGCCUCAAAGAUACUGGUUAUCAGAGAUUAGAUCUGUGCAAACUUGGGCCGAAUGACAAUGACACAGUUAGAGGACAGAUAGUAGUAAGUCUUCAGUCCAGAGAUCGGAUAGGCACAGGAGGGCAAGUUGUUGAUUGCAGUAGACUAUUUGACAAUGAUUUACCUGAUGGUUGGGAAGAAAGGAGGACAGCUUCUGGAAGAAUUCAGUAUUUGAAUCAUAUCACGCGAACAACACAGUGGGAGAGACCAACACGGCCAGCAUCGGAAUAUUCCAGUCCUGGCAGACCUCUGAGUUGCUUUGUGGAUGAGAACACACCGGUUACAGGAAUAAAUGGUGCAACGUGUGGACAGUCAUUUGACCCCAAGCUAGCCGAAAGGAGAGUUAGAUCUCAGAGGCAUAGGAAUUACAUGAGCAGGACUCACCUGCAUACUCCUCCAGAUCUACCUGAGGGAUAUGAGCAAAGGACAACUCAGCAAGGGCAGGUGUAUUUCCUACAUACUCAAACUGGUGUAAGCACAUGGCACGAUCCUCGUGUACCUCGGGAUCUUAGCAACAUCAAUUGUGAAGAGCUUGGGCCUUUGCCUCCUGGAUGGGAAAUCCGAAAUACAGCCACAGGCAGAGUUUAUUUUGUUGACCAUAACAACAGGACGACACAGUUUACAGAUCCACGACUAUCGGCUAAUUUGCACCUGGUUCUAAACCGUCAAAAUCAACUUAAAGACCAGCCGCCACAGCAGCAACAAGUUGUUUCGCUCUGCCAGCUUUCAGACGAGGCUGAAUGUCUCACUGUGCCAAGGUAUAAACGAGAUCUAGUACAAAAACUCAAGAUUUUGAGGCAAGAGCUCUCCCAGCAACAGCCCCAAGCUGGACAUUGUCGUAUAGAGGUCUCCAGGGAAGAGAUUUUUGAGGAGUCUUAUAGACAAGUCAUGAAGAUGAGACCGAAAGACCUAUGGAAGAGAUUAAUGAUAAAAUUCCGUGGGGAAGAAGGCCUUGAUUAUGGUGGUGUUGCCAGGGAAUGGCUGUAUUUGCUAUCCCAUGAAAUGCUGAAUCCGUAUUAUGGCCUCUUCCAGUAUUCCCGUGAUGACAUCUAUACUUUACAGAUAAAUCCAGAUUCUGCUGUUAAUCCGGAACAUUUAUCCUACUUCCACUUUGUUGGUCGAAUCAUGGGGAUGGCUGUAUUUCACGGACAUUAUAUUGAUGGGGGCUUUACGUUGCCUUUUUAUAAACAGCUGCUAGGAAAGCCAAUUACAUUGGAUGACAUGGAACUAGUUGACCCAGAUCUUCACAACAGCUUAGUAUGGAUACUGGAGAAUGAUAUUACAGGAGUCUUAGACCACACAUUUUGUGUGGAGCACAAUGCAUAUGGUGAAAUCAUACAGCAUGAACUUAAGCCCAAUGGCAAAAGCAUUCCUGUCACAGAAGAGAAUAAAAAAGAAUAUGUCAGGUUAUAUGUAAACUGGCGGUUUUUAAGAGGAAUUGAAGCUCAGUUCCUGGCUCUGCAGAAGGGUUUUAAUGAAGUAAUUCCACAGCAUCUGCUGAAAACAUUUGAUGAGAAGGAACUAGAGCUCAUCAUUUGUGGCCUUGGGAAAAUAGACGUGAACGACUGGAAGGCCAACACAAGGUUAAAACAUUGCACCCCCGAUAGCAACAUUGUCAAGUGGUUCUGGAAAGCUGUGGAGCUCUUUGAUGAAGAGAGGAGGGCUCGAUUGCUACAGUUUGUGACCGGAUCAUCCAGAGUGCCUCUUCAGGGUUUCAAAGCAUUACAAGGUGCUGCUGGCCCAAGACUGUUUACCAUUCACCAGAUUGAUGCCAGCACAAAUAAUCUGCCAAAAGCUCAUACCUGCUUCAAUCGGAUAGACAUUCCUCCUUACGAAAGCUAUGAGAAGCUCUAUGAAAAGCUGCUAACCGCCAUUGAAGAAACAUGUGGGUUUGCCGUGGAAUGAUUGUUUGCAGACGUGCGUGGAACUCUAUUUAUACUCCAAGCAGAAAAUCCUUUCCUCAGCCAUGAUACCAUAAAUGCUUGAAAUAUAGGAAACUCCCCUCCCCUUUUCUACUAGAGGACGAUAUGAGGGAAAGGACCAUUUUUGGAAUUCUUCAUUCAAGAAAAAUGUUCUGUGGCUGCUGCCAAGAAAUAAUUCAGCUGCUAUUAAAAACUAGUAUCUUGAACCUGCAGAAUGCUGACUUUUCCUUCAUUUCAACAGUUAAGCAGUAUUCUCUUUGAAAGACGACUACUAUUUUUUAUAAAAGGUGAUCUUAUUUGUUUGCUUACCUGAUUUCUACUAUCAGAGGCCCAAGGGAUAGCUCUUGGUACAAGCCACAUUCCAGCUUAUAUACAUGUGAUUCUGGAUAAGCACCUGUACUUGCUAUUUUUUUAAAUAAAGUAUUUUGAUUAUUCUGAUUUUUGCAUAAAAUUGGCUAAACGGAUCACAAACCUUUUAAAGUAAGGCCACUUCACAGUGUAAACUAUAUUUUCUUAUACAGUGGAAUGAUUUUAUUCUGUGUUACAAGUUUAAUUUCAGUGGUCCUGUGUCAGGAUUCUUAUAUUUCUCGAGCAUGAAUUAUAAGGUUUGGGUCUUUUCUUCAGUCAGAUUUCUCUAGCAGAAGCUUAGUCCGAAUUAAAUUGCACUGCAUUUGGUACAGUACUUUGUGGUAAAUGUGGAAAGCCCUUUUUAAAAAUGUAGGCAUUCAGCAUUUUUUAAAUGAGCAUUUUUUGUAAAAAGUCAAUACUUGAGGCGUUUUUUUUUUUUAAAAAAAUUGCUUUCCAUUUUAAAUGGAAGUGCUGCAUUUUUUUAAGACUCCUAAAUAUAUAUGGAUGAUAUCAUUAGCCUUCAUAGAUCAUCAGUUGAUUGUUCAAAAACACUCUGUGGAUGUCAAAUCAACCAAAGCUUUUAUGUUCAGAUACAACCAACCUGCACUGUAUGUUAGUUGUUGCUCAAUAAUCUGAUCCAGAAAAAAAUUGCCUUUACUUUGAACUGCUUGUAGUCAAUGAGUUUGUGGUAGUGACGAAUAAGGGAGGGGGGAGACACAAUACAGUCAAUUCAGCGAUGAAAUGCCGAUGUGGUGUAUAAUGUGCUCUGUUAAGUAGCUGGUUCAGAUACAUAGGAAUUUGUCUUUGUUUUAAUGCAAGCAUAUGUGGAAUGCUUAAAAAACAAAAGGCAUCUUCUAAUACUGGUGGCUUAUAUACAUUUGAACACAGUCCUUAAUUGUUAAGGUGUGCAUUUGUCGAAGAUGGCUCACAUCUUGAAGCUUUCUGUGUAAUUCUGUGUGGGUGCUAUGACAAGAACAGCAGCUGGUAUAAAAAUUGCUGAAUGUCAUAAUCAGUAUCAGCAGUGGCUAAUGCUAGUAUUUUCCAUUAAGUAUAUUCCUUCUUACCUGUGUGGCAGAUUAAAGUAGAGCUUGCAUAUGUGAACGAGCCCUCAUUCAGCAGUGCUGAGAACGUUAACAGUUCAGUGCUUACCUUUCCACUGAGAAUCAAGGGACAGUAAACAAUGCAGUGCAUGCUUUAAUAACUAAUUUGUAAGCCGCCACUUUUUUAUUAUAAUGAUAAUCAAGAGUGCCAAUUACACUUUGGAAACUGCGUAGCUUUGCUGGCCGAUCUUUAAGAAAACGUUUUAAAAGAAUGUGAAGAAAAGGCAAGAAGGGCAAAAGCAUGUUCACUGUGUAGUGUUUCUUUUCUGACUUGGUCCAAAUGCUGAUCCUGGAGUCCAGCAGGUUUUUAUGUGUCAGUUGCCAAUUCCAUCAGGCACAUAAUUGCAUUUUGGGGAUAAAAGUAGUUUUCAUUGGACGGUUUGUUCUUGAGAGAAUUUCAUGGUACCUUUGUUAAUGCAAAAGGCAGAAAUAUUGGAAGAAGAAGCGAUUGCACAAAUUGAGACAGUUGUAGUAUAGUAGUCGGUGAGGAUAGAUGGUCUAUUUAUGAUUCAUAGUUGAGCAGAACCAAUGAAGUUUCUGGUAGAUUAGAUUACUGUUUAUGGGCUCUACAGCAUUACAGUUAAUCAAAGCCCGCCACUGAGGCAUGCGUGGCAGCUUAGUUCCAGGAUAGGGAGUUGGUUGCUCUUCAGAUAUUUUGGUUUUCAUAUUCUAACAAUUCCAGUCAGCACAAUCAGUGACAGGUUGCUAAGGUUUGCUACCAAAUAUCUGUCGAGCAUCAGUUUAUCCGCUCCAGAUAAAAUAAAUUUGAAGCUGAUAAGGAACAAGCCCAUAUUUCCCAGUUAGGAUAUCUUCUUUUGUGCCUGUCUGAAGUUGUCUUUUCCUUCAGAUCAUCUCUGGGAUAAUCUAUGCCUUUUUCAGCUGAUCUUUCAGGUUUCAGGAAUAGUAUUGAUUUAUUUUCUAGGUGUUGAAUGAAGAACGUACGGAGCCUGGGUUUUCAUAUACCACCGAGCGCUGAGUGCUGAGCACCUGUGAAGGUGGAUUCCUGCCUUUUAUAAUUGACCAUUCAGGUCCUUUGUUUUGUAUUGGGAGCUUGGAUAAACCAGAUUGUAUCUAAAACCUAUCUUGUUUCUUUGCUCCAUAAGGAAAAUUGGCCUGUUCUUCCUUUUCUGUAGACUUACCAUUAGAUUUCUUGUUUAAGAUGCCUCCAUUUUGAAUAGGAUGAAACCUAGCAAUCUUAGAACAGAAAUUGAGAGCUAAAAGAAUUUGUUGACAGUGAAGACAAUGGGGUGUUAAGUUUGGGGAAGGCAAAUCCAACCUGGUCUCAUUCCAAAACUUACGUUUUUGAACAGUGACUGCACUGUUGCUCUACUUUAAAUUGUGUUCAGAGAACCUUCUAUUACAGCGCUAGUCUAAUAUGUAUUAGGCAAAAUUAAACUAUACCUGCAAUCUUGCUUUGACCAACACUGAGCAGACGAAUGCAAAUGGAAUUCUCAGGUCUUCUGAGUGCCUUUUUAUCUGCAUAAAACCAUUAAAAGCUUUAAAGCACACAACUUACCAGAAGCUUUUCUCAACCCAUCCGUUGCAGAUGUAUAGCCAUGCCUCUUUUCCCAGUGCGAAAUAUGAUGCUGGACCUUUGGAUUUUUACCCUAGGUUUAAAUGUGAAUAUUUAUUUCCAGUGCACCCCUUUUCCAUAGGAUUUCUUCAUCAAUUGUGAACAUGGAUUGAAUAAUUAAAAGAGAUGCCACCUCACAUUUCCAUGCUUUCUUUUCAGGAAUGAAUGUGCUAAUAUGAAUAGUGACAAUUUGCUAGGAUUCAAUGAUUAAGUACUCAGACACGUUUUCAAGUUUAAUUUUUAGGUGUAAAGUUUUGUAAUGGUGCUUUGUACAGUAUGUAUUCUAUUUUUUGCACAUAGGUUCAGUUUCUCUAAACUGAUUUUUAUUUUUACCAAAUGUUUGUGUUUGUACUAGAGUCCAGAGCACACAGAUUUUUGUUUUGUUUUGUUUUAUUUUGUUUUUAUUCUGCAACACUAUAUCUGUUAAACCUGUGGUGCAGUUAAACUGGCUGCAUUAAUGGAAGGAACUUGUGCUUUUGUAUCACAUUUGUAGUGUAGCAUGACAUCAUUGCUACAAACUUUGAACUGCACUAUAUAGGUAACAGAUUCAAUUUGUACUUAAGACAUACUGUUUAUUUAGAAAAUUUCUGACUCUGCCAAAUCCUAAAAGUUUUGUCCAACUAAAAUAAACCUAUAUUUGAUAUACUUCCUUCUGCCACAAACUGACACAUUUUUCAGUUCCAUUUCUAUUGUAUUUAUUGCAGAAUGUGGUUAGCAUUGAUAUUGUAUUUUCACCAAGCUGUUACAUGAGCUUUAACAAUACAUCUGUAUAAAAUUUUUUGAGUAUGUACCCAUGCAGAAAUUGAGCAAUAAAAUUGAAUGCUGUUUGCACUGUCACAGCAUCAUCAAAGGUUUUAAAAA